AUGUCUUAUUCUCUCACAGAUAAAUCUUGCAUUCCUCCAGAAGUCAGAAUAACUAAUUUACCAGAGAGAAGAGCGAGACAAUCUGCUGUUUCCAUCUUGCGUUCCAAAGAUUUUAUCAUCCAGGCUACUGUCGGAAAGGCGGAGUGUAACUCUUCACAAGCACUACAAUUUGCGUGGUAUCUAUUCAAAUAUAAGGUUAAAGCUUCAGGAAAGGUUCAGAUACAGGAUAAAGUUCUCUUGGAUUCAAGAAUUACAGAGUGGACCUUGCAAAAACGGACAUUUGAUUACGGGCAGUACUACGUGGAUAUUAGAGCAACUUACUCAAACCAACCUUCUGUAAUAAGCAGUUCUUUAGGAUUUUUCAAAAUUAGCAAGUCUAAACUUAUAGCUGACGUUGCAGGAGGGAACAAAGUCACGAGAGGAAAGGUAAAUCCCAUUUUAUUAGACGGAUCAGCCUCCAGAGAUCCAGACGUAGAGUCUGGUAACCACGCAUCGAUGCAUUUCACGUGGCUGUGUAAGAAACGUCAAGAGCACUUUCCCAAUGGUUCGUUGGACUCGCUACCAGUGAUUAACAACUCUCUGGGUCCUGGUAGUGGUGGAUGUUUUGGAACCGGUGUUGGAAAACUAAACUCCAAUGGUUCAAUAGUGGAAUUGGACACGAGUCAGAUGACUGUUGGUGAGAUGUAUGACGUCAAGCUCAUCGUUACGAAGGAUAACAGAAUAGACGACUUCACUCAAGAAAUUAAGAUUGUCGUCGGUAAUCCACCACAAGUGACUAUCCGGUAAGCACCUAUAAGAAUUAAUACCUUUAUUCUAUUUUGAAAUGUUUUGGCCAUUCGAAACGAAUUUUUAAUGAAUUGGUGUCGUUUGACGAUGAGAAUUCAUUCUAUUAACUCAUUGUCAAAUUUUUUUAACCAUGAUCCUGAGAAUAACUGUCGGGAAAUCGAUUUCACAGGAAUAUAUAUAUAUAUAUAUAUAUAUGCCACUUGCAGUUUUAGUGAACAUAUUGCCACAUUCCUCCCAAAAAUUUUCAUGGCUCCAUCUUUGGAACUGUCAUUUAAAAGGCUGGGCGAUUGCCCUCUAAAUAUUUUAAAAGCCUGCCUGCUCAAAGCAAGCUUACAAUGUAUACUAGCAAUGCAUGCGUGCAAUGCAUUUGUGCAAAUUGUUGGUUGAGAAAGGCGUAAGUAUUUUGUGUUGUGUAGAUUUAGAUAAGCAACAACAAAAACAACAACAACGACAACAACUGUGAUAUCACAUCCUUUAGCAACUUCAUUCCCAUUAUAUCAUAGAUGCCUAAUUAAUUGUGAGAAGAUGGCAAGCGCCUCCACAAGAAUCAGCAUUGCAACUACGUGCAAGGGAUUAGCGUGUCAGACAGCAACCUACAGCUGGCAGCUUGUCAUUGUAAAUUCCAUUGGACAUGAGCUCCCAGGAAAAAUCCUGACCCGUAACAUGACAGAGACUGAUAUGGAUCUUCCUGGUAUCAUUAUUAAAGGAAAUCAACUGCCUCCACUCAAUGUCAGUGAGUGGUUUUAUCGACUGAAAGUCUGGGUCUCGCAAGACCACGGACCCGCUGGAAAUGCAGCUUAUCAGUUCAGAGUGAACGCUCCGCCAAGUUCCGGAAAUUGCACUGUGACUCCGAAGAGUGGACAGGCGUUGAAGACGGCAUUUUCAUUUUUAUGCACUGGUUGGCUGGUGAGAAAUAAAUUGCCUAUUCCUGAGGACAGAUAAAAAAUGAAAUUGCCUUUUCCUGAGAGACUUCUCUUGUAUGACGACCAAAAACAUAGAGAGCAAAACUUACCAACCUUUUAAGCAAUCCUUUGGCAUGCGACUUCACAUGAAGGCCACACUUCAACAGGAAUUCCUAACCAAAUCUUAUCUUUCAUUGUUGAUAAAUUUUUCUUCCCGCAGUUUCCUCCUUCACACUUUCAGGCUUUCAUUCUAAAUUAAGAAAUGAAUUAAUAAAAGUAGUCAAUCGAUUAGUUCAUGAGUUAAAUGAAAAAAAGUAAACCGAAGAAAGUGAUGGCAUUAGAGAGACUAAUGGAAGUUCUAGUCGAUGGAGUUUCCGUGUGAAUGAUUCAUGUUGUGUAGUGCUAAAUGUCGCUUUUAUGUAAAGACACUAUACCAAUACCUCUACUUCUCUAUCAAGUCCCUCGCCAUCAAAAUGAAUGAGGAAUUCCCACGUCUCAUGAACAAAGAGCUGAAAUCAAUACCCCAGGCUAAACAGGGAUAAACUGAGGAGAAAUCCUGGCACAAAUGAUCAUUGAUCCCUGGUUUGAAACAUUAUACAAAGAUUAUACAUUAGUUAUUUUUUUUAAGGAUCCACACCAACCUCUGACGUAUCAGUUUCAUUACAAAACGGACCAUGGCUUGUACACCGUCGUGCAAUACGGGUCUAUUAAUCACGUGUCAACAGUGCUUCCCUCGGGAAAGAGAAAUGGUGGAUAUAUCAUUGAUUUUGAAAUUUUGAUAACAGACAGUCUGUCGGCCUCCAGCAGCUAUGUUCUCCACGUAAAGGUGAUUGUUUUAGUACUUGCUAGCUUUGUCUGAAAUUACAAAGUAUUGUUGAAAAAUGUUUACCAUUGUUUGAGUUCAAAGGAUUUGAUGAUCAGAGUAAGAUGUAAAUUUUCCACGGAAAAACUUGAAAACUUUUGAAAAUUCGAAUUACCAGCAACUCGAACUCGUAAGGAGGGUCAGGUAAUAGAACAUAAUUAGGAUAUUUCCCUGGAAUAUACGCAAGUAAAUUGUGUAAUUUCCAAACUAGAUGCAAUUUGCAAACAUUCUGUUCAAUGAUUUUUUUUGUUUUUGUUUACUUUUCGUUUUUAUUGCUUGCCUGUUUGUCUGUUACUCUCUCAGUUUUUUGUCUUUCAGCGAAAUCCCUUUCGAGUCACUUUGCGCUGCUCUAUCGUGUCAGGUCACAAUGGCGUGGGGGGAGGGGGGCCACACUUUGUCAAAAACAGGAUACUCAACAGUUUUCGCAACCUGAAUAUUGUAGGUUGUUUGCCUUUAAGAAAGCUUUACCUUCGCCCUAGUGUGAUAGUUUAUCAAGGGGAAAGUUAGUUUUAGUUCACAGGAACCCUAUAUUGCCUUAUCUUGUUCUUAGGUCGAGCCGCCGCCUGCUAACGACAGUCUCAGUGCACUCGCAGUUGGAAACAAUAGUCAGUUUAACAUUUUGGUUAAGUCAGGGAAUGUUAUAGGUGCUACACAACUAGCAAAUGCCGUGCUAGGAACAGUCGAGGAAUCAAAUUCUACGUCGACCGAGGACAAGAUAGAGGUAUUUGUGCCAAUUAUCCUCUCAAGUUAUCUGUGACCGUGUAUUUGCAACGUUUGGGUCAGGGUGACCCUAAGAAAGACAGCUAUGGGAAGUACUGCCUGACGUUUCGCAAGCUUGACUGGAAGUCAUCUAAAGUCAACUUCUCGCUCAGAAUGGAUUGAAUUUUCAAAAAUUUGGAAUUACUACAAAAAUUAUAGGAAUACUAUUUAACUGAAUCAAAUUCUACAACUGCGGGUUAAAAGACAUUUCUCUCCUCUUCCUUUUUUUCCUUUUUUUUUACCAAAGAAGGAGAAAGACUGUUGAUUUGAAAAAUGUAUUGACUUCGUUUGACGAACAGCACCGUAUUUUGUUACCAGUUUUUCUCUUUAAGAGGUACUUAAGUGGCACGGGGGAGGGGGGAAGGGGGUUAAAUGAUCCUUAGUAAAGGUGUUAUUCAACGUUAGGCUAAAGGUUCUAUCGGUAUUUCAGAUCAAAGACUCCAUUGUACGAAGUGUGUCAAAUAUUCAAGUAAAAAAUCUACAAUCCUUGACUCAAGUGACGUCUGUGAUCGCACGAGCCACACUGGAACCGAGUGAGGUGACAUUUGAUACACAGGUAUUUACAGCUCUUAAAGGUCUUAUUGUCUCAAUUAUAUGAUUGUCUCAAAGAAAAGGGGUAGCUGAAUAUUAUUCUAAAGUUUGACGUUCAUCGACUGUGAGACUUCUGAAAACAAUCUUUCAUCUAUCUUUUAGGAUCUUGCUCUGCAAACCUUAAGAUCCAUGACGUCAUUGUUACGAAGCAAGACCAAAGAAGAUUACGGUUCAGAGUCUGUCUUAGUUGAACAAGGCGGGGAGAACCUGGUACUGAGUCUGGGUAACAUUCUUAACUCUGCUGCUCAGAAGGCAAGUGUGAUCGAAAGGACAGCGGAGACAUCGGAAAUACGAUCCAAGGUGAAUACCUCGUUUCAUUUUUUUCUGAGUAUUCUUUGCUGAAUGCGUCCAAUCGCUGAUUGAUUUGUUGGCUCUUUCCCUGUUUCUUUGUGCGUUCUUCUUGGUGUUUUCGUCAGUUUGUUCAUUCAUUUAGACAGUUUCCAUCCAUUUGUUCAUCCAUCAGUUCAUUUCCUCUUUCAUUCAACCCUUCAUUCUCACCUCCUCCUUCACUUUCCAUUUUUCUCAUUCUCGCGGUGCAUGUGUCUCUUCAACGCGAGGUCCGACACCUAAACCAAACGCAAAUAUAUACUACCUUUCCAUGUUUUUUUUUUCGUUUUUAACAGAGUGAAAAUGUCUCGAAAGACACAGCGAAGCUUAUCGAUGAUGUAAGCGUUGCUCUCCUAUCAAAAAUGUUAGUGGACCAGGAACCCAACCGCGUGCAAACACAGUCCUUGAGCAUGGUGCUCAACAGACUUAGUCCCAAAUCACUGGAAACAGCGACAAAUUUUACUGACGAUCCUUAUUCAGGAGAGUUCAAAUUUUCUUUUAACGCCAUAACCGACGAGAGAGCGAGAGAUGCUGAGUACAUCGACAGUGUGGUAAGCAAAUUGAGCUUCUCUGAGAGCUUUGAAUGAUUUUAAAUUUGUAGUUAUGUGUAGUUUACUUCUUAGUCUCGUAGGAGAAAAUUGGUUUAUCAGAUAUAUUUCGGAUACCAUUCCCCUCUUAUCAAAGAGACUAUCACACAAGAAUUUUUAUCAGUCUUUCCAAAACAUGCAUUUCUCUUACCCAGUUCUUUAAGGAUUUCUUUGCGAAACUUAUCUACUACUUAUCCACUACUUUUUGGCGGUUGCUUUAACAAUAUAUGUCUCAAGGGUACUAUAUAUCACCUCUGAGCCCGCAUCGACGCAAAAUGCUGCCAUAAAACACAAAGUUGGUUUUUCUUAUUUUUCUAUCAGAUAACUCUGAGUGCAUUCAAUCCUUUUACGUGGGACGACAGUGCAGCCCGUGUUAAUUCUAACGUCGUUAGCUUGACCAUCAAAAACCACGAAGGUCAGACUUUAUCAGUGAAAGAUAGCAACGAAUAUAUCGAGAUGAAGAUUCCGCGUGAGGGCAAUUUUCUGCCCGAAGGAAGUGGCUUGUAUUUUACUAAACCCAGUAGUGAAGGAAAGAUGCAAUACCAUAUAGUGAGUUUGCAGCAUGCGGACGGUAACGCUGUAAGAUUUCGAGUAAGUGUUAUGACUUUAAAAUGAACAACUGAUUCUGGAGGAGAGAAUACGAGGACAUCUUCCUUUAGAGGGAGGGUGCGUUCAGCUUAUAAGCAAUAUCUUUCAGAGGGCAGAAAGUGGAGGCGAGAACUGGAUAUGUGUUGGUUGAUUAGAAGAGAUGCUUAAGGAGGCUGAAAUGUUUUCUUUUUAAGAUGCUGUAAGGCUAAAGGAUGCACAUUGGGAUUUACCGCUCUAUAGUGCAUUCGAGAAGUUUGUGAACCCGAACCAAAGUGAUCAUAGCGAAAAUCCUAAGAAUAGAGAAUUGCAAAAAGGACUUAUAUGAGGCUUAUAUCAAGCAAGCAGCCAGAGGGUUAGGAAAGAGCAAGUGACCAAGACUAGGAGACUAGCUCUCGUUUUGCAACUGAGUGGUUAAAGGAGCGGUAUUAUUCUUGUCCAUAAUAAAGUGAUUAAAUGCGGCGCAAACCAGGAACACCUUUGAUGCUCAAUUGGAAAUUUCUUGAGACUAAAAUGGUUACUCGUCAAAUCACUAUUCUUUCAGAUCAAACCAAGUAAAGGCAAAGUCAUCUUCAAAGUAUUCGUGCGAUAUGGCCGGCGACCAACUGUCACAGAGCAUGAUGUAUCAAGGCAAAUUCCGCAUCCUUCAUGCUUGAAGUCCUCCCAAGAUUCUUACAGCCAUUGCAGGAAUGAUGCGUACGACGUCCUUUUGUUACCUGACAAGGUGAACAAACCAGGGAAAUACUAUAUUGGCAUACUGUACGAAAAUGAUGAAGGAGAACUUCCGAGUCGACGAAAGAAGCGAUCAUGUUCCGGAGGGGGCCGCCAAAAGAGAUCAUGCGUGGAGGUUAAAGAAGCACCAAGACCUGAGAACAUCACAGUAAAGCCAGUUUAUGACCCAAAGACAGACGUAAACUACUCUUUGAAUCUGGUGGAAGAAAACUGUCUGUUUUGGGACAGUAUAGAAGAACGCUGGUUAUCAAGGGGAUGCAAAGUAAGUUUAUCGACUAUUGUUUAAACCCAAUUACAUAAACAAGCAUCAUCCUCUUUUUUUUUUGCACCUCUUAACUGACCAAACAUGAGUUGUUUCAAAAUUUGAAUGGGAGAAGGAGAGAUGUUGAAAGAUACUUAUGACAUAUUUCAUAGGGUGUGGUUUAAAAUAAUGGGAAAAGACGAUGUGUGGAUAUAAAAGAUAUGCUGUUUUCCAUAACAUCGGUUGAAAAAACCUAAAAAUCAGUUAUGUUGUAAAUUGCCUUGCGUCGUGUUACACAUGAAGUCAUAGCCUAUUUAUUACAAUGACUUAUUUGCCUAUGCAAAGUUUGAGUUUGAAAUCACUGGAAUGCAAAAUGCUGAUAUAAAAUCCUGUUCAAAAAUGCAAUCUCUGAAGACUGGUGCAAAAAUUAUUUCCUUUUCAACUGUUUCUUGCCUCACAAAUAUUAUAUUAUGACGGGAUUUUGGUUUUAAGGAAUUCGAGUUAUUCCUAUCUUUUCGAUAUGACAAUGAUUUCACCCUUUUACCCUUUGAUCUUUUGCAGGUAGGCCCAGGUUCAGAGGUUUCAUCCUUACAUUGUUUGUGUAAUCAUCUGACGUCAUUUGGUGGAGGAGUCCUAGUGAUGCCGAACAAGCUAGAUUUUGAUGUAGUCUUCUAUGAACUCACGCGCCUCCAUGAGACUGGAAAUGUUGCCGUCCUUGUCACAAUAAUUGCAGUACUGCUAUUGUACUUUUUAGUGGUAGUAUUUGCAAGGAAAUAUGAUAGACAAGAUAAGGCCAAAGUAUGUAAAAGACAGAACUUACAUUUUCUAUGAAAUAGGGACAGAAUUAAAAAGAAUGAAAUAUAAUCAGCUGUCAAAUUAACAAAAGCCAUAAAAUCAGAAGCGUAACAACAACCAAUCAAGCGGAAGUAAGAAUGAUUGAUACAUUAAUGUAGAUAGGAACAAAGAACGAGUUUUCAUUUUGUGAGCACAAAUCAGUCAAAUUGUUACCAUGAUUACCCAAAAUUGGAGGAGAACAUGGUCUCGACGGUUCGAUGCCAUCACAUCAGAAAUGAUGAUAAUAGUAAUGCUUUUCUAUAUAUACUUCUCAGCACGAUUUUAACGGAGGUCGAUCACAGACAGAUGCUGAGCUGUAUGGAAGUUAGGUCCAAAAAAAAAAACACAUCAGCAAAAGGUCGAAUAGUAGAAAAAUUGGAACAACUAAGCGAUGCAACAUUGCAGCUUCACUAUUUUGUAACAGAUCUGACAGUCCCUACAGAAUUUCCGCCUCAUUAAAAACCCAACUCAUUUGAAAUUUGGUUUCUUCCCUUUAUCCUCAACAAAUUGUAUUCCUUAUUGCUUCGCUUGUUUGCUUAUUUACUUCCCUACGGGAGGAAGAUUUUACAACCUUCAAAUGCAAAUCUUGCAAAGGUAUUUCACUUUCUGCAACUAUUUACGGUAACGAUAUGAGUUAAAUAUUGCUAAUUCAAACUGAUCUUAACGAGUCACCGCAUUUGUUUUAUUCUCAGAGUGGUCCAGUUUUCCAUCUACUUUCUUGCCAUGAGGCAAAUGACUUUGAGUACCAACUGACAUUGGCCACGGGAGUGUGGAAGAAUUCUGGGACUGAUGCUCGUAUCGUUAUCAUCAUUCAUGGGAACGAGGCGCAGAGUGAACCUCUGAUAUUGCACAAAAGCACAAUAGACUCAAGGACGUUGUUGGCGCGUGGAAACGAGGAUACAUUUAGGAUUCACCUGCCAAUGUCACUGGGUGAAAUUGAAUACAUUCGCAUAUGGCAUGAUAAUUCGGGAAGAGAUCCUUCAUGGUUUCUAAGCCAUGCGAUUCUCCUGGAUCUUCAGACGGGUAGAAAAUGGACAUUUUUUUGCAACGAUUGGUUUGCGCUGGAGAAAGGGGACGGUAAAAUAAACAGAAUUUUAACUCCUGUUGGUUCGCAGGAGAUGCAGACGUUUAGUUAUUCUUUGCGAUCGCAAGGCUCCAGAGGUUUUUCCGAUGGACACAUUUGGCUUUCAGUUGUUACUAAGCCACCGAGGAGUAAAUUCUCACGUGUCCAAAGAGCUUCUUGUUGCCUUUGCAUACUGUUGUCUGCGAUGUUAGCAAAUGCCCUGUUCUACCGGACGGACAAAGAGCCAGAUCCAACUCUACAAAUUGGUCCGUUAAAAUUCAGCUGGAGACAAAUAAUGGUGGGAAUUGAAAGCGCCCUGAUAAUAACUCCAGUAAACUUAAUGAUUAUGACAUUUUUCAAGAGGAGUGGCGAGAAAACUCCAAAUAAAGUCGACGUGGAAAAACCAAAAAACAGUCCUGCUCCCUUUUGUGACAAGUUGUCAACUACCAGUUCAGGGGAUAUUCACGACAUUGAUGUAACGCUAAACGAAAAGAGGUCUUACUUGGAUAAAAACUCCCAAAGUCAGACUGAUGCCAAGAAGAAAUUUAUGCUCCCUCACUUCUUUAUCUACGUUGCUUGGUUUUUGGUCCUUGUUACUGUUUCUGUGUGCGCCGUUUUUACGUUCUUCUUCAGCUUGCAGUGGGGAAAGGAUAUUUCGAACCAGUGGCUUUCCUCAAUGUUAGUAUCUUUCACCCAAGACCUAUUUGUCAUACAGCCUUUGAAGAUAUUGCUUAUCAUGGUGUUAACAGCUUCUUUGUUUCGCGAUAAAAAUGAAACUGAAACUGUCAGCUACAAUAGUGAAGAGAAACUGCAAUCACAAAUAAAAUCUCACGGCGGCAAUCAGAGUGUUAAAGUAGAGAUGCCAAAAGAGGAUGACCUCAUACUUGCAAGAGAGAACAGCACAAAGGAGGCAAAGAUGUUUUCCUUUUUGAGAGAGCUUCUGGGAUAUCUUCUGUUUCUCUUUUUGCUUAUAAUUGUGUGUUACGGUAGCAGAAGUUAUCACGGAUAUCUCAUGACUAUGGAUCUAAAAGAUACACUUGGCAACUUUUCUUUGGUAAGUAGCUCUGAAUCUUAGGGUAACCGACUGACCCGGUCAGUGUAAACGUCCCUAUUCGAACGUCAUGGUGAUAGGGAGACAGGAAUGAGGCAGUGAUACGAUCAAUAGCAUUCCACGGCCAGGGCCUGGGUUUGCUUAGAAUAGAUGAAGAUAUGGGACGUUUUUGAAUUUUUGUCAUUACUCCGAAAGUUCCACCAAGCGCAUUUAAAUGUAGCUAAACGCGAUAUGAUACUGUUAUAUUCUAUUUCAAAGCGAGAUUUAACUACUGAAAAUUCGCUAUACGGAAGGUGGCUAUUACUUAGCUGCACUUAAACACCUGGAACCACACACAUUCAACUUUUAAUUUAUCACGUUAUAAUUACGCAGAAUAUUUCUCUUCCUUCCUGGUAUGUGUGUCUUUUGGUUCGUGGUCACUGCACAUUUUAGAACGUUUUUUUCCUGCCUAGGCUUACGAUCCUCCGUAUUUCUGGAAAUGGCUCGACAUUCAGUUUGUGGAUGGUGUCUACGGCAGCAACUGGUACAACAACGACAAAAUCAAAAAGCAAGAGUACAUUGGUAACAAGAUGUCUAUUCUCUUAGGAAUGCCUCGCUUGAGACAACUAAGAAUAAAGAAAGGUAAGUAUGACAUUAUUUGAGAACUUUCAAUCUUAUAAACGUAGAACUGGUAAAAAUCAUCGUUGUUGUUAAUUGUGGUGAUUAUUUAAAAAAAAGUUCGCAACUUUUUUUCUGUUUUUAUUGCAAAUAUAGCAAAUAUUAGAACCUAAAUUAUGGAGAAGAAAAGAAAGAGAGAGAAUAAGGGGAAAAAUUGGAUAAUAAAAGAAAUAAAAGAAUAAAGAGAGGGCAGAUUCCUCUGAUUAUAACAAUGAAAUCUUGCUCCGGCAACACGAAAGAGAAGUACACAAGGCAAUCAAAGUUGUGAGGACUGUAUUCGACAGUAAUUUACUUUUUUUUUUUUUUAUCAGAUUCUUGCAUUGUUCCAAGGAUAGUACGAGACAUCAUAAACAGGGGCUGCUACGACCUCUAUAAUUUCGAUGAAGAGGAUAAAACUCCUGCAAACCUUCCAGGCUGGGAACCCUUCAGUGGUUCUGUAGAAUGGGCGAAUUUUUCCGAGCUAUGCCCGGUACCAUGGCAAUAUGUGCCAAACGAGGAACUAUCACCGAGCUGGGGUUACUUCGAUGUUUAUGACGGAGGUGGUUAUGUUGCAGAUCUAGGCUACAAUAGCAGUACAGCUCAGGCAGUCAUCUCCGACUUGAUAGAAUACGGUUGGAUCGACCGGCAGACCCGCGUCGUCCUACUUGAGUUCACUAUCUAUAACCCUAACACGGGCUACCUUAUCAUUUCAGCGUACCAUUUUGAAAUAUUGCCGACAGGGUAUGGCUAUCCUUUUCCAAAGAUAGACACUCUUCUGCUGACAAGUACUGAAACAGGCUUUUACCAGUUUUACUUGAUUUGUCAGUUCUUAUUUAUCAUGACGGCAUUCGUAUUUUUCAUUAUCGAAAUGCACAAGCUAUAUCGAGCCACGUGGACCUAUUUAAGAGAUGUGUGGAACUGGGUGGAAAUUCUAAGAAUAUUUUUGUCGGUACUGGUCGUGGUGUUCUACAUAAUAAAGUCAAAGCUGAUACUUAAACUCGCUGCUAUUGUGAAGGAAAACCCAUUCGCCACCGUAAGUUUUGGAGAAGCUGUUACCUGGAGCCAUGCAGAAACCACUGCUUUAGCCAUUGCAGCUUUCUUCACAACCUUGAAACUUCUACACGUAAUUCGCUUUAAUCAGCACGUCUCCAUAAUGAUGUCCUCUUUUCGCGUUUCUAAGAAUUUAUUGUUGUCCUAUUCUGUGAUUUUUAUCAUUAUUUUCGUCUCAUACGCUCAGAUGGGGAAGCUGGCGUUCGGCGACCACAUUCAUGGUUACUCAUCAGUCUACAAUGCAUUGUUUUCAGAAGUCAUCGUGUGCCUUGGCGGCCAAAUGAGAUUUCAUGAGUUAACAGGAGUUCAUCGCUUUUUGGGUCCUUUAUACGGUAUUUCAUUCCUUGCUCUGAUGUCCUUCAUUUUUAUGAACUUUUUCGUGGCAAUUUUGAACGAUUCUUUAGAAGACGUCAAAAGAAACACUGAUAAACAAUCCAAAGAAUUUGAGAUGGCUGAUUUUAUACUAGAGAGAUUGUGUGAAAUGUUAGGAAUUAGCAAGCGAGGGAAAGAUGCGGGUCAGAAUGCCUCAGUGAGGGAGGAUGACGCAGCUUCUACCAAUUCCCAGGAUAACUUCGAUUUUCCUCUAAGAGAAACGUCCGAGGAAAGCGGCUCAAAACCUAACGAAAACCUGAGCGCCAAAGUUAAGCAGACAGCCAUUAAAAAAUCCCCAUCACAGCAUUUGGCAACCAAGCUAGAGUUCGAGAGACCGAUUAGUCCAAAAUCUUCAAAAAGAACGCCCGAAACACCCGAAAAGGUUUCUUCAAGUGAGCUUGAUUUGGAUUCUUCAUUAGAACAGCUGUUUGAAAGGAUUGGUGUGUUGGCCGGUGAUCUCGCUAUGGAAGAUGAACAACAGGAUGCAAAAUUGCUCAAUGCGAUCAGCCAGAUCCUUAGAAACAAUCAUGAAAUUCCAUGCCAAAGAACGUCAUCUAAACUACGUCAGAUCGAAGAGCCUUACUCGGUACCAAUCACUUCACAAGACAACACUGAAUAUAACAGGAGCAGUGAGUCAAAGAAUUCUUCCGAGGAAGAAAUUAUGAAAUUUAUUAGACGCAGAUCAACUCGCGAGCUACCAAUCCACUUAAAAGUCGGAGGUUUUUACCAUCAGCCUCAAAAUAAUCGAACCGGUGGUAAAUAA